UAUAUUGCAAUGCCUCUCUCUGCUUUCCUUGAUUUUCCUCACCAAUCCCCCACACGCACAUAUUUUUUUAAGGAUGUGAUGUUAGAUAUGUUUGAUUUCAAAACUUGUGUGUUUUCAAUGGCUUUUGCUAGAUGAUUAAUGGGUUUUGGCAGUUAACUUACUUUGUUACUUUGCCUUGAUGAUUUCGCUGCAUCAUCUAUGCAACGAUAGCAGAAUUCAUACAGGGAAGCACGGCGGCAUCUAAAUGGGACUGGCAGGGGCAGCCCCCCAAGAAAUAUAAUUUUUUUUGUCGACUAUAUGGAAGAUGGUGGAAAAUGGUUUUGUUGAAGACAACAACAGGACUGGCGAGCCUUCUGGGAUCAAGGUUGACCCGGGCAAACCUGACGCACUUACCUGGCAGCGGAAACUAAAUAAUGAAGGAAAGGCUCCACUAGAAUUCACCUUAUCUUUAAAAGAUAUAAUUCAUCUGGCUCCAAUCGGUUACCGGCUAUGGCGCCAUGUUCGGGAAGAAGCUGCCAAAGGAAGGGCGGGAAUGAUUGAUCCCUUUGCUAAGCAUCAUGUAACAUCUGGUCAUGGUGUCCCUUUAGGUGGUAUUGGUGCAGGGAGCAUUGGAAGAAGUUUUAGAGGUGAAUUUCAGCGUUUGCAACUAUUCCCUAGAAUAUGUGAAGAGAAACCAGUCUUAGCAAAUCAGUUUUCUGUUUUCAUUUCUCGUCCAAGUGGUGAAAAAUAUUCAAGUGUGCUAUGUCCAGGAAAGCCAGAUAUAUCAAAAGAAACUCCAGUGUCAGGGAUUGAAUCAUGGGACUGGAAUAUGAAAGGAAACAGUUCCAUGUAUCAUGCAUUAUACCCAAGAGCUUGGACUGUAUAUGAGGAACCUGACCCAGCAUUGAGAAUAGUUUGUCGUCAGAUUUCACCUGUUAUACCCCAUAAUUACAAGGAGAGUAGCUUUCCUGUAUCAGUUUUCACUUACAUGCUGAAUAAUUUUGGUAAGACAACAGCAGAUGUCACUUUGCUUUUCACAUGGGCUAAUUCUGUUGGAGGACUUUCUGAAUUUACUGGUCAUCACUUUAAUUCAAAGAUAAAGGUGAAUGAUGGGGUGCAUGGUGUGCUUCUACAUCAUAAGACUGCUAAUGAUCGAUCUCCAGUCACAUUUGCAAUUGCUGCAGAAGAGACUGAAUAUGUUCAUAUCUCAGAAUGCCCUGUCUUUGUUAUAUCUGGUGCUUACAAGGGUAUCUCGGCUAAGGACAUGUGGCAUGAAGUGAAACAGCAUGGUUCAUUUGACCAUCUGAAUUUUACUGAAACACCUGUGCCUUCAGAACCAGGAUCAGCCAUUGGAGCAGCUAUUGCAGCAACUGUGACUAUCCCUUCUGAUUCUCAGCGUACUGUGACGUUUUCAUUGUCAUGGGACUGCCCUGAAGUCAAGUUCCCUGGAGGGCGGAUUUAUUACAGGCGGUACACUAAAUUCUAUGGUACUAAUGGAGAUGCUGCUGCACAUAUUGCACAUGAUGCUAUUACUGAACAUUGUAAGUGGGAGUCCCAGAUUGAAGAUUGGCAAAGACCAAUCCUUGAAGACAAGAGACUUCCUGAAUGGUACCCCACUACUCUUUUCAAUGAACUAUACUAUCUGAAUUCCGGGGGAUCAAUUUGGACAGACGGUUCACCUCCAGUGCCUAGUUUAGUUAACAUAGGAGAAAGUAAAUUUUCCCUGGAUGGGUUCAUAUCUGAUUUAGAGAACAAAAGUAAUAUAUCACAUCAAAAUGAUACUGCUAUGAACAUUCUUGAAAGAUUUAGCUCAGCCGUCGGGAAAAUACACACUCCACAGGCAUCAAAGUCUGCAUAUGGAGUUAGUUUGCUCCAAGAAGGGGAGGAAAACAUUGGUCAGUUUCUUUAUCUUGAAGGCAUUGAGUAUCAAAUGUGGAAUACCUACGAUGUCCACUUUUACUCCUCUUUUUCACUAGUCAUGCUGUUCCCAAAGCUUGAACUCAGUAUCCAAAGAGACUUUGCUGCAGCAGUACUGAUGCAUGAUCCUGGAAAGAUGAAACUUCUAGAAGAUGGUCAAUGGGUACCGAGAAAGGUUCUCGGUGCUGUUCCUCAUGAUAUUGGAAUCAAUGACCCGUGGUUUGAAGUAAAUGGCUAUAAUCUUUAUAAUACAGAUAGAUGGAAAGACUUGAAUCCAAAAUUUGUUCUCCAGAUUUACAGGGAUGUGGUUGCCACUGGUGACAAGAAGUUUGCACAAGCUGUUUGGCCCUCAGUUUAUAUUGCAAUUGCUUAUAUGGACCAAUUUGACAAGGAUGGUGAUGGAAUGAUUGAGAAUGAAGGCUUCCCUGAUCAAACUUAUGACACAUGGUCUGUGUCCGGUGUGAGUGCGUAUAGUGGUGGAUUGUGGGUAGCAGCGCUUCAGGCAGCAUCAGCCCUGGCACAUGAAGUUGGUGACAAGGGUUCUGAAGAAUAUUUUUGGCUGAAGUUUCAAAAAGCGAAGGCUGCAUAUGAGAAAUUAUGGAAUGGUUCUUACUUCAAUUAUGAUAGCAGUGGUGGAAGUUCGAGUUCUUCCAUUCAAGCCGAUCAAUUAGCUGGACAAUGGUAUGCUAGAGCAUGUGGUCUUUUUCCAAUUGUUGAAGAAAAGAAAGCUAGAAGUGCACUUCAAAUGGUUUAUAAUUACAAUGUUAUGAAAGUAAAGGAUGGGAGGCGUGGAGCUGUAAAUGGGAUGUUACCUGAUGGAAAAGUUGACAAGUCAACAAUGCAAUCACGAGAAAUAUGGUCAGGAGUCACAUAUGCCUUAGCUGCAACGAUGAUCCAAGAAAACAUGAUUGAUAUGGCAUUUCAAACUGCUGGUGGAAUAUAUGAAGCUGCAUGGUCCGACGAUGGACUCGGCUAUUCUUUUCAAACUCCUGAAGCAUGGAACACUGAUGAUGAAUACAGAUCUUUAUGUUACAUGCGCCCUUUAGCCAUAUGGGCAAUGCAGUGGGCAUUAUCAAGAGCAAAGCACACUCAGAAUGAGAGUAAAUCUGAUAUAAAGGAAGAUGAUAAUUUGUCUAAAUAUCAUGCUGGUUUUCUGAAAGUUGCUCACCUUUUAAAGGUGAAGGAAGAGAAAGCAUCUAGAAGUCUAUUUCAGGUUAUAUAUGAUUUUACUUGCAAGAGGAUGAUAUGACUAGAAUGUCUGUUUGUUUGAUGAACUUACCAUCUUUCAGUAAGAAAUUGUUUCAGUUUCAGUAAAUUAUAUAACUAAGGUUUUAUUGUAAUAAAAUCAUUACAUGGAAAAA